GCAUGCCUCACCCUCUCAUGCCUCCUCAGGCCUCUCCAGUGGGGGGCGUUAACAUGAAUCUCCCUCCCCCACCCUACCCACACCCCCACUCUCAACCCUCACCCCAUUCUGGGGGGUUGAGCCAGCCUAUGAACUACCCACCUCCUCCUUACUCUAAUCACUCUAAAAGUCAUAUACUGACCACGCGGCUGAAACGACCGAGGAAUAUUCUGUCUGAAGAGGAGGCCAGGAAGAGGCUGCGUACGGACACUGCCAUGGCAGUACUAGCACAACACAUACAGAAAAGGCUGUUUGAUUCAGAGCUGUUGCAAUAUGAUGUAGAUACAUCUGAAGAUGAAGAAGACUUAUUACCAAGACAAAACCAUUGGCUGGGUCUGUCUUCAGACGAGGAGGCAGAGGAGUCUGUCAGCUCAGAAGACGAGGACCUAGGCACGAUGCGUCUGAUCAAGCUAUCCCAGCAUACCUCUGACAUCCGGCGCCAGUACGGCCAGCUGUGCAAGGCUCAACAUUCCAACUCUGCCCUCCAGGACUACAGGAGGACGUUUGCUCAGGCUUUACUCCAGGCAGCCAGGGAGAGCCCUGCCGCCGCCGUCAAGGCGGUGCUGGAGGUAGAUGGGAGGACGGAGAGGAGGAGAAGGAAGAGAAAGAAGAGAGUGAAAAGCGAGGUAGACAAGGGCCUCCAGAAGCGCAGCUGCCUGUACAAGAAUGAAGACCGGAACGAACAGUGCAAUAACACAGCAUUGCCAUAUACCAAUCAUUGUAUCAAACAUAUAAUGUAUAAUGUAGACCAGCAGUUGUUCGACUACUGUACGGCCAAAACAGCCGACAAUACUCAGUGCUGCUUCCCGACCUUUGACAUACGACACGACAUGCCUCUCUGCAUGCAACACGGGAAGAGCGCCGAUAAUUAUGUCCCAGAGCCUGUGCCGGAAACUGAGCUUUUAAAAAGACCCAGGAAGAAGACCAAGCCCUCUGCACUCACCAGGAAAACCAAGAAGAAGAAAAAAGUACCCAAUGUCCGCCCUGAAGAAGUCACAGCUCUGCAAGAGGAGUCAGAUGACGGGCAUGAACCAGGUAGCCCAGAACAUCACCCGGAACUGGACCACUCGCGAGAUCAGCUGCCUCCACAGAGAUCAGGAGGGGGAACAAAACUGCCCUCUGGUGGUGGGGCACCGGCUCCUCUUGCUGCUGCAGCCAAUGACAUUAGUGAUGACCUUCAGGGUGGCCUUGAAGCUGACCUUGAAGAAGUUUUAUCACCAGGUGCAAUUGAUAAGUCAUUUGACCUCCCCCUGGACCAGGCCUCCAAGCUGUUAGAUGACAAUGACAUCCACGAAGUCCUUAAUAAGCUUCCAGAUGACUUGGAUCUUUUCUCAGGUAAAAAUGGUGAAUUUGAACCAACAACGGAGGAACUAGAGAGGGCCUUGGCAGCUGCUUCUGGCUAUUCCAAAGACUCCUUGGAAAAUAUGGAGAAAGACCUCCCAGAAAUGACUGAGGAGGAAUUAACUGACAGGAUAACAGAUACUAUCCUCGAGACUGAAAACCUCAAUGCUUCUUUUGGUGACUUGAGCAAUGAAAAUCUGAACCAGCUCGCCUCUUUGGCACAUAGUAUAUCGGCCAAUGAAUUCAAAGCUAUGGCGCAGACUGCAAGCUCCACUCCAGUGUUCACAAACAAUAGCAUGGUGUCAGAAUCACAGACAUACUCUCACAGGCCCCAUGGCCAGGUGCAUGCACAAGGCCAAGGUCAAAUGUAUCCAGGUCAAGGUCACUUUUCUCAGAUACAGAGUGCAUUGAGUAAUGGGAUCUAUAUGGGAGGUCAGGGACUGCCUCAGCAACAGCAACCACCACCACAACAGCAGCAGCAGCAUCCAGGUUACAUACAGAGACAAUAUUCACAUCCUUCUCAGCAGAUCUACCAGCCCGAGGGUCAGGUCAUGGUGCCUCACAGGACCUCGCCGGGACAUUUUGGCAACGGGCACGCCAACGUGUCGCCUCACGCUGUCAAUGGGGCAGUUCUGGCCGGGGAUCACAUCCCGCCCUCUCCUCACCAGCACUCGCCUCUCAACCCGCGCUCCCCUAUGCAUGCGCAGUCGCCUCUUCCAGGACACAUGCCAGUGCAUGCACAGUCGCCCAUGCAGUCGCCAUUGCCCAGCGCGCGGCCCUGGUUUCCCCAGGGCCAAGAGCGACCCCUCACCCCAGGGACGCCAGUCAGUUACCAUAAUGGCUACCCGAUGGGGACACCGCCAUAUUCCCAAUCUGUGGGACCCUCACCACCGAGUCUGAAGUACACAUAUGCAUCUAACCAGUUUCAGAACAGUGAGUUCAUUCAUCAAGAAGGGAGGUUCCCCCAGCAUCUGAACAUGACUGUGAACCCACAGUUGAUUCAGAGGGGUUUUGAGGCCAACCAGGGGGGGUUCCACCCCCAGUGGCCUGGGCAGCAUGGACAGUACCACCCCAGGGCAGGUCAUGGCAUGAUGCACACACAGGGAGGCUCUUAACAAUUAGUACGGGAUUGGAAAUUAUCUGCCUAGAAAGCACUGGGGAAAUUAUGAUAUCUGGACAGUUAUGGACAGUUCUAUGUAUUGUUUGGCACCCUUACAAGUAUGAUUCCUGCACUACAACUUAGAAAUAUUUGAGGAAUGGAGGCCCUGGUAAUCUGCAUCGCCAUGACAACUUAUGUGAUGGAGACACGCAAGUGUGGAAGACUGCAGGUUUUUAGGGGUGGGGUUUGGGUGGAGAGGGCGUUUGCUUGUUGAAAAGACUAUCUGGAGAAAUGACGGAACAGAGUGCACAAUUUGUGGAGACUGAUGUUUCAUAGUGAUGGGACUGAGCUUUUGUUUCUGCUUCUCUGCGCUGUGUAGCCACUGUUGAUGUGAUAAGCAAGUCCUGUGUUAGCUGAUGAUGAUUAUAUGUAAUGGUAGCUAUGUCACAGAGCAAUGCGGGUACAUUGUUAGUCAGAACUAGUAUGUGUGCUAUACAGAGACUAGAUAAAAUUAUAUAGAUAUAUAACACAAAAUAAGUAUGGUAUUUUUUUUUUACCUAAUGGAACUUGAAAUAUUUCAGGCUACAGACAGAUUACUAGUCAACAGUUAUCAUGAUGGGAAUUAAUCAAAAUAUUUAGAUUAUGUUCUCUAGUUAGACUUAGCCUCUGUGUACUUGUUUUGUUGGUUUGACUUCUGGUAGGAGUACAUUGAGUGAUGUGCACUUGUUCCUGUAUUUUAGGUCACUGAAUUUGGUGUUGUGCUGUUGUACCUGUGUGUGUGUGUAGGGUUUUAGUUGAUAUCAGUAGGUCCUUUUAUGGAGUACAGCUUUUUUCCGUACUGGUUAGAACAGUUCAGUUAUAUGUAAAAUCCUCCAGUUAUAUGGUAACAUUCAAAUUUUAAACCCUUUUUGUUUGAGCAGUAUGCUUUUUUCCCACACCUCUUCCUGUUAGAAAUUCUUUAAUUUUUCCUGAAGAGGUUUCAUAUAUUGUCACAAGUAUCAGUUGAAUAUCAGAAUGCCAUACCACUAAGCGUAUACUAUAUUCAGGAAUUAUUCCCUUUGAUAUUAGAAUUUUUUGCAUAACAUACCUGUGACUUACUCAACUUAUUGCCAAGUCCCUAAAUUGCUUGCUUUCUAGAAACAAAUUAUUACUUUAUAACUCCAUUUAAGGACAGUGCUGCUCCUUACCUGCUGAGGGCAAAGCUCUGGCUUGUCUGCCCCUUUGGAGCCUCUAGUGAAAAGGGUUAAUACGAUCUCCAAUUUUUGGCAUGGUGGGGGUGGUUGAUUUCAACUUUUUUCUUUCUUUCUUUUUAAAAAAUUAUUGGCGCUGUUUAAAACUAGAGGUGGGGACCUUUGCAAGGCUGUUAAAGCCCUUUUCCAGACAGAGGUACUUUAAGGGUCUCUCACAGUGAACUGGUCGAUUUAAGUAUACCCUUGGUUGGCAAGAGGGAUUAAGACUAGCUGAUGUCACUUGCGUGAGACCAGUUUGGGUCAGAUAAAUCGGGAAGAAUUGUAGCAUGUACAUAGCAAAUGCAGGGCAGCAGCAUGCAUGGGCAUCUAUGCUGUAAGUUGUGAUACCAUGGCUUUGUAGAUAAAUUUUGUUUGUUUUGAGAAUUAUUAUAGCCGGUGAAAGUAGAUUUAUCUAUAAAUGAUAUUGAGUAUUGAUUGAGCGACUUGACUAAUUCUGUAUGAAUAUCAGGGUGGAAAUACAGAGUGGGUUAGGCUCUUAUCAGAAUAAGGUUUUUUAAAUAUUAAAUCAUUCAGUUUUAAAAUAUGUGAAGAACCAUGCAUAAGUGAUAUAUGUGUGGGCCCCUGUCAGGUUGUAUUUUAUUGUUUUAGUGAAAGUAGUGCUACUGUUACGUCAAAUUUGAGAACUUUUUCUUAUUGUAGACCAGUGCAAAAUAAAAUGUGCAUAAGGUUAGAGGUUUUAACCUUUCUGAGCAAAAAAUGUUAGGUUGAUGAAAUAAUGGUCAAAAUUGUCAGUAAAAGUAAAUCUGUAACUCUUUUUUACAGUCUGAAAUUGUAGAAAGAAUAUAAUUUUACUGAAGUACAAAUUUUCAUAAAGAUAACCUUUGCAAGGAUACUCUGCUGUUAGUAAUAGAAGUUACUAUAAUGGUAGUUUUUGUUUAUCCAGACUUAGUUUUCUGUAAAAUAACGGAAACUAACCACGUGUAAAUCUGGAGAUACCUAUUAAUCGUUCUAGGCAGCUGUCCUAGAAUCAAAUAAUGUAAAUAUAAAUAUAUGAAAUAGCAAAUGAAAAGGAGAAAAAAGUCCAUUCGAAGGAUGAUAGAUAUUUUUAUGUGGUGCUAUUUAUUGAAUUUUGUACAUGUAAUAAUAUGCUUGUGUUCUAAACUUUUUUACUGGUAUAUGUACAUUGUCCCGUCUAUGUUAUUUCACAAGGAACCAUGAUUAAAUUCUAUCAAGAUUU